AUUUGUUGGUCCGAACACUAAAAAACCCUAGAGCGCAGUCUCUCUCUCUCGUUCAUUUUCCCUCAGCCGCAACUCUUUCCUUGCUACCAUGAAGUUCAAUAUCGCCAACCCUACUACAGGGUGCCAGAAGAAGCUCGAGAUCGACGACGACCAGAAACUUCGAGCUUUCUAUGACAAGAGGAUCUCCCAGGAAGUCAAUGGAGAUGCUCUCGGAGAGGAAUUCAAAGGAUACGUUUUCAAAAUUAUGGGAGGAUGUGACAAGCAAGGUUUCCCCAUGAAACAGGGUGUGCUUACUCCUGGAAGAGUUCGCCUAUUGCUCCACAGAGGUUUGUAACUUGUAACCUUUACU